CCACGGCUCUUGACCUGCAGUUUCGAGUACAGUCUGCGUGUCUUGCUAUAUCGGCUCUUCAACACACUCUGCAUUUACCUGCACACACCCGUCGAGACUUUCCUUUUCUUUAUCAGUCUGAUCUGAUACACUAAAUAUAAGCAUGGCAGCGAUGGAUGAGUUGGAGUCGCUGUUGCAGUCGCUCCAGGCUCUGAAGGCACCCGGCGUAACUCCCACCAAGGUCAAGGCCAUUACUGCGAUAUGCGUAGAGAACAUUCAGUCCGAUUCGACCAUCAUCCAGAGGAUCCUCCAGCAGUUUCAGAACAGUCCCGCGACACACAAGCUCGGUGUACUAUACGUCGUAGAUUCGGUCACCCGCCAGUGGGUAGAGAAGGCUAAGGCGGCCGGACAAGCAGUGUCUAGGAAUGCAGCUCCCGGAACAUAUGCUGCAGGAGUGCAGAGGAUGACAGAUGUCUUGCCAGCUGUGAUGAACGACCUUGUUCAACAUGCACCUGACAACCAGAAGGAGAAGAUCAUAAAGCUUUUGGAUAUUUGGCAACGAGGACAGACGUUUCCUCUGAACAUGCUUGCGACUUUCAAGCAGCAGGUGAACGGUGGCCCGCAGAAUGCACAAACAGCGCCGAGAAGUCCACCAAAGGGUAACAGCUCUGCGCCAGCUCCCCAUGCUCAGACUAAUACGCAGCACACAGCCGCUCCCGUGCCGCCUCCAUCAAUCGCGCAGAACCCACAGGAUCCCGGUGCCUUACUUGCAGCCCUCUCUGGCUUCGGACAGCAGAAUGGUCAUACUAACGCAGCGCCACCUGGUCUCCCCUUCCUACAGAACAUGGUUCCGCCACCCCCUCCUCCCGGAUUUAUGCCUCCACCACCCCCGGCAGCAAGUGCACAGCCUGCUAUGCCGCCUCCUCCACCCGCUGGCAUGAAUGAUUUGGCCCACCAGAUAUUACAAGCUAUGAGUGCAGGUUCAAUUGCGCCAGAUCAAGCCAUACAAGUACUAAACGCUCUGGCGGUAGCACAGAAUGGGGGAGCAUCGUUGCCAACUGCGCAGCCUCCGGUAGCACCUCAGGCGCAAUCACCGGCACAGCCUGCUGCGCAGAACGGUGGUUCACAGCAACGUUUUGAGCAAAACGAUACCAAGAUGCGAGAUCGUAGCAGAUCGCCUGACUUUCAACGUCGUGCUUCCCCCAACCGUAGAUCACCACCGAACCGCCGCGAGAGCCCUGUCUAUGGUGCUUACGAUCCUAACGCAGCUGCUGAUGGUAGUGCGGCGAAUCGUGCUGACCGCAACGAUCGAGGCCGCGGUCGUGGUAAGGCCCGAGGCGGUCGUAAUGAUCGUAAUGAGUAUCGCCAACGUACACCGCCGGCGCAACGGCGACAGCCAAGCCCAUCUAGAAACGUAUAUGGUCAGUCGCGCUACAUCGAAUGGGACCAGAGUCUGCCACGCGACAAUAUCAGGGUACUGAGUCGCACAUUGUUCGUAGGCGGUGCAGGCGGGACAGAAGGUGAGAUCCGAGCCAUCUUCAGCCGCUUUGGUAGGGUCCAGACAUGUAUCGUGAACCAGGACAAGCGACAUGCAUUCGUCAAGAUGUUGACUCGACCUGAUGCUGUUGCGGCCAAGGAAGGCAUGGACAGUCUACAAGAUCCUGUUGCCCAGUCAAAGGCUCGCCAAACACGGUGGGGAGUUGGUUUCGGACCACGAGACUGUAGCGACUACAACAGUGGCAUUAGCGUCAUUCCAAUCUCACGACUCACCGAUGCUGACCGCAAGUGGGCUCUGACAGCAGAGCACGGUGGGACAGGCGGCCGGCCACUGGAAGGUGGCAUGGUUCUUGAAGAACCUGACAUCGAGAUUGGAGCAGGGGUUUCAUCGAAAGCGAUUAGCAGACGUGUGCCGACAGAUGGUGGACGCGGCGGCCGUGGUGGCUUCGGCGGUCGUGGCGGUUUCGACAACGGGCCCAAGCUCCGCAAGCAAGAGCAACGCCCAGCCCACGACCCUCGCCAUGUCUCCCCACGGGCAGAGCAGGGCGUUGCGGUUCCACCAGCAGUUCCUGGCUUUGGCUUCCAGCUACCUGGCUUCCAAGCCCGGUAAUAGUACAAUCCGCUUGACAGCUCAGCAUCGGUAACAUGGCAUCUGGAGUCGACCAUCUCGAUCUGCCAAGUCAUGAUCACAGCGGAUAUGUCUUCCCAUAUACGUUUCAUACCUCGUCUUUAGACACUCGUGUGUAGUGGCCCCAGGCGACAGGUAUAUUUCAAGCUCAGCUGCAUAGCGCUGGCGUUGCGGAGUAACGGCACCCCUGAUGGAGGUGAGAUAUU